AUGUCUCGACCAGUGUUCACCGCUGUGUUUCUUUCCAUCCUCUACCUAGCCAAGGUCGCGAUCUACGACCUCUCCGUUACCAAUGGCCUCAUGGACCCUGCCCAGACGGGUCUCGCUGGGGAGCCGAUCACGUUCACCACGUUGAAGCCGCUCGAUGGCCUGCUCACCAUGCUCGUGCGCUUCUUCAAGCCUAUCCUCGACGGCAAAGACCCGAAUCUCACUUUGUUCUCCAUCUUCAUGGCCGGCCAACUGCUGGCUGUGCAUGUCCUCAUUCAAGUCGAAGGUCUUAGAGCCGGAAAUCGAGGUAGACUAGUCUCUUGUACAACGUCCUGGGGAAUGCUCUGGCAACUCAUGACCUUUGGCGCCACCUUACCCCUCUACUUUCUCACAUACCUCUACACUUCCCCAAUUCCAGAAUCCCCAUCACCAGACGCACUCGCCGCCGCGAUCUCCAUCGACUCGGUCCAAGCCCGCGCUGUCAUCGGCUCCCUCACCUUCGGCGCCUUCCUCCCCACCCUCCUGGCGGCGCUCCCGUGCCCUAGCAUCAUCACCUCACGCACCCAGGAGAUCCUUCUCGCCGUUUGGCAGGCGUUCCCCCUCUGGUCCGGUAUCGCGCAAUUUAUCUUUGCCCAGCUUAUUGGUACCUUAGGCGUGGCCUCGGAAGCCGCAAAGUCGAGGCGGCAGACCAAGAUCAAUGACUUCCGCAGGAUCUACACGUACACCCUCUCUGUCGUCGCUGUCACAUCCUACGGCGUCAUCGGUUAUGUCUUGUGGAAGGCUGGUUGGGCUUUGGAGCCGGCCAUCGAGGCGAUGAUGCAGAUUCUUCGGCCUACCUCGCCAUGGUCUCAGAUGAAGAUGGCUUCGCUUGAGCGAGGGAUUCUGGACCUUCUGCAGUGGGAUACGUACUGCGCUUCUUUGGCCACCUGGACUUGGAUUGCCUACCUGGCGUAUGAGACGAAGGGCGUCGGUCAGGUUGUGAUGGACUUGGGAAAGCUGGUCAUAUGGAGUGCGGUUGUUGGGCCUGGCGGUGCGGCGCUGGCUGUCGUCUGGGGGAGGGAUGUCGGAGCUUUGAGGAGUGCUGGCACUAAGAAGAAGACUGGUUGA